AUGUCCCAACCUCAACACUUGCACACUUUCUGCGACAAAUUAUCCAAAAACUUCUCAGAAACUAGCCCAUACAAAUCAAACCGUGAAACCCUACUUUCAUUUCUCCGCGAUCAUUCCUCUCUCGGAACCUAUUCCAACGCCACAAUCGGUCUCAGCCCCGACACAGUACAUGGCAUGUUCCUUUGUAGAGGAGACAUCACCAAAACAUCUUGUUCGGACUGUGUCAAGACUGCAACCCUAGAGAUCACUAAAAACAACUGCACUUAUCAAAAGAAUGCUAUAAUAUUCUACGAGGAGUGUAUGGUUCGAUACUCCAAUUUUUCUUUCUUCAGCCUCGUCGAAAACGGGCCAUACAUUGCUAAAUACUCUCUCGCUUCUUUUCCAAAUUCUGUUUUUAGUACGUUCAGAGAAACAUUAUCCAAGAAAGUAGAGCAACUAAUUAUCCUCACGGCAUCAAAGUCUUCAUUAUCCUCCUCAACCCCGUAUUACGUGAGGGAUACAUCACGUGUGAAUGAUUUUGAGGGGUCGUAUACAUUAGACACAAUGGUUCAGUGUAGUCCUGAUCUUGAUCCAGCAAAUUGUGGCGUCUGCUUGAGACUUGCGGUCCAAGGAAGCUCAGAAUGUUGCUACAAUGCUCGUUGGACUCACAUCUUUCUUCCCAAAUGUUUUCUGAAGUAUAACACCACCGGUUUGCCACAGAGCGAUUCAUCUUCUAUCAACGUUGUCAAAGGAAAGGAAAUAUUUAGGAGAAUUUUCAUUACAGCCAUGACAACUUCGGUGUUGGCACUUGUGAGGUUAUGA